AUGGCUUACAGGAGGAGGCAGCAAGUGCCAUCAUCUUCGUCAUCAACAUCAAGCCCAAGCUUUCGAUUUGAAGAAGAAGAAGACGAAAAAUCUCGGUACCCACUGCCUCCGCCGCAGUCCGAUGAUUCGCUUGCGGCCAAAGCUAUUCGAGCCUCUUCGGCACACCGCGACUCUUCUCUCUCCUCUGCUUAUGUCGCUCGCGGUGCUCAGCCUGCUGUCAACUCCUCGUCACCUUCCCGAUUUUCCAACCCCCCCACCACCACAACCCCUGCGUCGUCUUCUCCCUCACAGCCACAUGAGUAUACAUCAAUAAAAAACUUGAGUGAAUCCAAACAUGGGUUUUGGGGUGUACUUGCUAGAAAAGCCAAAGCCAUUCUCGAUGACGACGAGGAUAAUGCAGCUGAAAAUUAUGAUUCUCCUGGAAGAACAAGGGUGGACAUGCCUUCUACACCAACAAGGGGUAAGCAGUAUCGUGAUCCAAACCAACAUGUUGAGAGCCGUGGAAGGACAGACAACCCGACGUUACAGAAGGGGUUGGGUGCAUUCACAUCAUCCCUUAGUUAUAUUAGUGGAACCAUUGGGACUGCCUUGGAGGAAGGUCGUACGAUUGUUGAGAACCGGACUGCAGACAUCAUUCAAGAAACUCGUAAGCAUAUUAAGAAAAAGGCCAGUGGUUCUGCACAGAAUCAGGCGCAAAAACCUCAGACGCAAGCUGACCUCGAACUUCAAUUGAAGGCAUCUCGCGACGUUGCAAUGGCAAUGGCUGCCAAAGCAAAACUUCUUCUUCGGGAGUUGAAGACUGUCAAAGCAGAUUUUGCUUUUGCAAAGGAGCGAUGUGCUCAGCUGGAGGAAGAAAACAAAAUCCUUCGAGAGAAUCGUGAAAGGGGAGACAGCCCUGAAGAUGAUGAUUUGAUACGGCUGCAAUUGGAAACACUUUUGGCAGAGAAAGCAAGAUUGGCACAUGAAAAUUCAGUUUACGCACGUGAAAAUCGCUUCCUAAGGGAGGUUGUCGAAUAUCACCAGCUUACCAUGCAGGAUGUUGUUUACUUGGACGAGGGAACUGAAGAAGUCACUGAAGUUUAUCCCAUUAAGGUCAUCCCUUCUUAUUCUUCACCAGCAUCAGAAGUCCGGGGAGUUUCCCAAAAUUCUUCCCAAUGA